AUGGCCACCAGGGAUCUGGCAAUAGAAAUGGUGUUUUUGUCACAGACAGUAGUUGGCGUUCUAGGCAAUGUCUCUCUUCUUUAUCAUUACCUCUUCCUUUACUGCACAACAAGCAGGUACAAGUCCCGGGAUGUGAUUCUCAUGCACCUGAAUGUAGCCAACACCUUGGUCCUUGUCUCUAAAGGAAUUCCUGAAACAUUGGCAGCUUGGGGGUUACGAGAGCUGCACAGUGACAUUGGCUGCAAACUUCUUUUCUACCUACACAAACUGGGCAGAGAUGUGUCCAUUGGCACCACCUGCCUCCUGAGUGUCUUCCAGGCUGUCACCAUCAGCCCCAGGGACUCCAGGUGGGCAGAGCUGAAGGUGAGAGUUCCCAGGUACAAGGGCACCUUCCUCACCAUCUGCUGGGUUCUGAACAUGAUGAUGAGUAUCCCGGUACCUGUACAUAUGACUGGCAGACAGAGCAGCAGAAAUAACACUGACAGAAGGGACUACGGGCACUGUUCUGCUGUCUUUCAGGACAGAGUCCCAGGCAGAGUCUAUCUAUUGUUGUCGUUAGUCCGGGAUGUUUUCUGUGUGGGUCUCAUGCUUUGUGCCAGCGGCUCUGUGGUUUUCAUCCUCUAUAGACACAAACAGCGGAUGCAACAUGUUCUCAGGAGCAGUGUCUCCCCCAGAUCUUCCCCUGAGUCCAGGGCCACGCAAGGCAUCCUUGCCCUGGUGGGGGCCUUUGUGUCUCUGUCCACUCUCUCCUCUGUCUUACACAUUACCUUAAGUUUUGUAAAGAAAUCCAUUUUGUGGCUGGUGAACACCUCCACACUCAUCGCUGGGUGCUUCCCAACAGUCAGCCCCUACAUUAUCAUGAGCUAUGACUCCAGAGUUUGCACGACCCAGUGUGUCCAUACUAGGAAAACGACAACCCCUAAGAGUGUAAGAGAAACAUAA